AUGGCUACUCCCUUCCUUUACCAGCCACCUCCUCCUCCUCCUCCUCCCACGCCCACCAAAUCGAAUUUACCCAUGUUAUACUACGGCCUAAUCGUCAUCGGAACCGCCGCCAUCGUUCUAGCUCUUUACAACAUCGUAGUCAUCAGACUCUGCUCCGAUAGCCGGCGGAGCCAGCUGUCAGUACCGAGGCCGAACUCCUCGUCGGUAAUUGAGGUCAGUACGAGGUCGUCCGGGGCAGGGUUUGAGAGCAGUCAGUUACCGUCUAGCUUCAAGUACAAAAAGGCGGCGGCGGCGGCGGCGGAAGCCGAAGCCGAUCAUUCGGAAUGUCCAGUUUGUUUAUCGGGUUUUGAAGAAGGAGAAGAGAUUCGGAAACUGCCGAGAUGCAAACACUCUUUCCACGCGCCUUGUAUUGACAUGUGGUUACACUCUCACUCAGACUGUCCGCUGUGUCGGACGCCGGUGACUGUAACAGGCAACGAAAGGUGUUAUCGAAUUCUGAUAAGUCCAACCGACGAGAUUUCUAGACAAUAG